AUGCCGCCACUUGAGAAGCGUAUUCCAACAGUUGUCGCAGUGGCAGGAACCGAGCACGGCCGGCGAGGCGGACACCUAGUAACAGACCCGGCAUCGGAGCUCGGCGAAAUGCCCGUAAAGGCGAAACCGCGGCCAUCAGACGCAGUCACAAAACAGAAGCGUCUGCGUAGGCGACGCGCGUCCCUCAAGGCUGGCGCAGAUACCAAUGCCAAUGCCAAUGUUGAUGUCGACGUCGACGUCGACGGCCGGCCAAUUCAGCGCCUCACGUCGACAAAAAAGAACGUGGUGCUGAAUACGCGUAACCGCUUCAUUAUCUGGCUGGCCAACAACGAGCUGCAUGUAUCGGUAACGCUGCUAGCCAUCGUUCAUGGCUUCUACUGGCUUGGGUACGAGUGGCCGCUGCUGUGGAUUUCAAUGAACCACAAAGCUAAGGGCGCGGAUGAUGUCGGUGUCGGGAGCGAAAAGUACGUCCGUGGCGUGCACGACUUCAAAUUCGUGUUCUAUUGGAUCGUGCAGCUGAUUGCCAUUCGGUCACGCAAGCAGCGCAGGUUCGGCGAGAUGGGAUGGACGUUUUCGUAUAUUUGCGUUACGUGGACCAUCGGGUUCAAGGUGUGGAUGGAGUCGCCCUACUAUAUGAACACAGCGAAUCUGUACGCGAACUAUCCCGACGACCACAUUAUGAUGCCGUAUGGCCUCAAGUGGUUCUAUCUGGUGCAGGCGGCGUUCUGGCUGUCGAACGUCUACACUAUUCACGUCGAGGAGCGUCGCAAGGACCACGUCGAGAUGCUGACACACCACGUGGCGACCAUUGUCCUUGUUCUGCUCUCGUACACGUUCCAUUUCACCCGCUUUGGCCACGCAUUUAUGCUGAUCAUGGACUUGCCCGACAUCUUCCUGACGUCAGCCAAGAUGUUCCGCUACCUCGAGCAUGAGGUGAUUCCGAACGCCCUGUUUGGCAUCUUCAGCCUGUCAUGGGUCGCCACCAAGCACGUUGUCUGCCUGAAAAUGAUGAUCUCGAUCUGGACCCAGGGCACCAAGCUGAUUCCUGAGGAGAGGCGCUUCCCCCACUACCCGAACUCGUAUGCCUCGUACCCUAUCGUUAGCGUCCUGUGGGUCUUCCUGUGCGUGCUGCAGGUUGUUUUGCUGUACUGGUUCUACCUGCUCCUGCGUGUCCUCAACCGUGUGCUGAUCAAAGGCGAGAAUGUUGACGACAAUCGCUCGGACGAUGAAGGCAGCGACAACGAGGAUGACACCAGAGACAACGCUGAGCACAGCACUGACAGCGGCGUCGACAUUAAUGAAGAACCACACUCGGACCGCCGGCAAUCGUGCUAGUAGCAGUGCUUGCAUUUCAUUAUUCGUGAGCUUGACCACAGUAUUUUUAAUUUUCUACUCUAUUUCCGUCAGUUCCAUUUUUUAUUUCGUCUGCUCAAACACCAAUUUCUGACAUGUAAUCGAACAAACAUAAU